ACUCGCUGUGCUCCGUCUCCGCAGUGCUCCUGGCUGUCGACGAGGAGUGCGUUUGAUUGUUGCAGGGCUCAAUGGCGGACAGAGCAGGAGAGUUGAGUUAGAUCUGAGGACAAAAACAUCUUCACCUCCUUUACCUCUCGCCCCGCCGCUGCUUCCCCGCGGCUGCAACGGGCGAGACAACGUCUGUCGAGCUGCAAAGUCGGAAACGAAGUCGUCACCGCUGUUUUGUGUUAAUUUUCUGCUGUUCUGCACUUCCCAUCCCGGGGGGAGAAGUUCCACAGUUGAUGGUGGCUCACUGAGGGCAGCUAACUCGCCAGCGAACCAUGGGAGACUCUCUUGAAUUGGUAGGAAAGCGUCUGCUUCUGCUGCUCGACGACGGCAGGUCCACAAAUGGGUCGGAGUCGGCCCAAGCACCGUGGGCUCAUGACUGGCUUCGGGGGACGGUGCGAGCGGUGAGCGUCAUCGGCCUGGCCGCUCCUGAGGUUAGCGAAGCUGAAGCGAUAACAACAACCACCGCUGCAGGUCUCACGGUAUUUGUGGAGUUUGAGAAUGCUUCCCAGCGUUGUUCGUGGGUCCAGGUGUACGAUGAUGGUGUGAAGGCUGUGUUAGUGGAGGACUAUGUUGUUUGGGCCAACCACAGUGGCAACAACAGGGUGAGGGGAGCUCCAGCAUCAGCCACGGCUUGGCCUGCCCUGGUUUUCCGCUCCCUAGUGGAUCGUGUGGGUUUAGGAACAUUGGUUCCUGUGGAGUAUUUUGGAAGCAAGAAUUUUGAGUUUUUGUCUGAUGACAAAACUAUGCAGAAAUUUGAGAUGGAUAAAGAUUUGAGACACCCCUUACUGUCGGAGGAGCCGUCUCUGCAGGCUGCCAUCUCCAGCUGGCGAUCUGACUUUGAACUGCAGGAGAUCUUCAGGAAGGGCUCAUACACUAUACAGGGACGUAGAGUGCUUGUGUACCAACCGGAGUUUGAAGAGUGCUGGGCAUCAGGACUCGUCUCACAGCAUGACCCUGUUUCACACAUUAUGGAGAUUCACCUGGAUAAGGGUGGAGAAAAUCAGAUCGUAGAUCCUCGUGUGAUUCAUGUCAUGCUGGCUACAGAGGAGCUCGGAAAGAGUUUGCUACGAAGGAAGGACACGGAAACAAUCAAGGGUGAUACAGGGCGCAGACGUAGGACAGCCUCAGAAGGUGAGGAUGACUUGAACUUGAAACGUUUUAAAGGAGCAGAUGUUGGAGCGAACGCGCAGCACUGUGUGGACUCAAACAACCCCACGCUGGAGGGGACGGGGAUCUGGGCCGGAGACUCUGCUCAGAAAGUCAGUAGCACAACUAAAAACGGAGGUUCUUCAGAGGCAGUCUUUCCUCAGGUCAGCGUGUCAGUCUCCAGUACCAGUUUCCCAUCUCAGAUGGACCAGUCCAACAUGACUCCACCACGUUAUCCAACCCACGUCAAAGAAAACGGUCGGCCAGUGACCGUACAAGGAGCAGCGGACUCCACUAGUGUCACACACACCCCAACACCUCCUCCCCUCAAACCGGCCCCCUCUCCUUUCUCCUCCACUUCUUUUCCUUCUCUCGGCCAAAUGCCAAGUCUGGUUCCUGGUGCUCAUGCACCCAAAGCCUCGCCAUCCCCGCAACCGGACCGUGAGGAAACCUCCCAGUCGUCCUUUUCAAAAACAGCCGCACUUGUUUCCCCAGGCCCUGUCACUAUUUCUUGGUCUAAUGACAGCGGCCCCAGUGUGGCACUUUCUGCUUCGGUGGGCUUUAGUCCUAAAGCACCUACCUGGGGAAGCCAGACGGAGGCCUCCAAAACUCCCGUGGGUUUUGGGUCGCCCCAGGCUGCACCAGUGGGCCUCGUGUUUGGAGAUGUUACCUCUCAGACCAAUGGAUCUUCUUCCACUACCACACCCUCACAGGACACCUCAAGACCUUUUGGCUUCGGCUUUGGUUCAGCGAGAGAUGACGCUCAAUCGCUCCAAGACAAAAACUUGUUUUUUCAGUGUAUGUCUCAGAACUCUGGUUCAAGCCCCAGCGUAACUGCAAGUCAGAGCCAGCCUAAAGACACCAAUUACUUUACUGCAGUGUCUGAGAAUAAAGAUCCCCCAAGCCUUUUCAAAUCUGCAACCUCCGCUGAGGCGCUGAAAAAGCCCGACCAGCCCAAAGUGCCUGAGACCCAUCCAACAGGAAACGGGGUACUGAACAAAUCAGCAUCCCCCUUGCAAGGUGUUUGUACCUCGACAGGAGAAAGAAGCUCUACCGUAAGUAUUGGUGGUCUUACAUCAACCUCUGGUGGCCAAAGUACUGCCAAGACAAGCAGUAACAACGGAACUACUACAGGGUCCUUAGGCUUGCAGUCUAGUUUUACUUCUUCUGACAGCCACCAGAACCUUUUUUUGCAAGCCUCCAAAGAACCCACCAAUCCAUUUUUGGCAUAUGGGGACAAAAUCACCCACGUACCUUUUGCUGGACUCUCAGGAGCUGAGCCUCAGUCUGUGGUUUCUGCCUCGGACAGCCAAUCAAAUCUCUUCACAAUGGCAGAGCCUCCCAAGGGAAUUCUGCCGACUUCUUUCCCGGCACUCUCAGCAGUUGCUUCAGUCAGCUCUUCCUCUGCAACACUGGCCCCAUCUCUGAAGCCACAGAGUGAAGAACCUGAAACAAAGGACGAAGAGGAUGGUACUUCUGGUAGUGGAAUUUUUGGAAGUGCUGGCCCGGGUGGAAUGGAGAAGGACUCGUUGUCUUUUGACCCGACACAGCCUCAAAAGUUUACCCUAGAGGAAAGAAGCCAGGCGUCAAAACAUGACUCUGACUCUAGUAGCAACAGUGAUCUGUCAGACCUGAGUGAGAAUGAGGAUGGGUUGGAGAAAGGCCAAGUCCCAGGAGGGCCACACCCACCUAAAGACGGGGCCAUGUUACAGAAAAAAGGCCAUGGAGCAAAGGGUCGUCCAAGAAACAAGCCUUUCAAAGUUGGCCAGUCUGUGUUGAAAGACCAGAGCAAGGUCCGUCGUUUGAAGCAGUCCGGUGAGUCGUUUCUCCAGGAUGGUUCCUGCAUCAACGUGGCCCCACAUCUACACAAGUGCCGGGAAUGUCGCCUGGAGCGUUACCGCAAAAGCCGGAAUGCAGAAGGCGAAAGUGAUGAGGAGAAUGACCCAAACGUAGCCUGUCGCUUCUUCCACUUUAGAAGGUUGGCAUUCACCCGUAAAGGUGUGCUGCGUGUGGAAGGUUUCCUUAGUCCUCAGCAGAGUGAUUCUAUGGCCAUGAGUUUGUGGAUGCCAGUGCCUGCUAUACAGGAGGGACUCGACCUUGAUACGUCUAAGUAUAUAUUGGCAAAUGUGGGAGACCAGUUCUGUCGGUUGGUCAUGUCCGAGAAGGAGGCAAUGAUGAUGGUGGAACCUCACCAGAAAGUUGCUUGGAAACGUGCCGUGCGAGGCGUCAGAGAAAUGUGUGACGUGUGCGAGACAACCCUGUUCAACAUCCACUGGGUGUGCCGAAAGUGUGGCUUCGGUGUGUGUUUGGACUGCUAUCGUCUUCGCAGGAACAGGCCAAGGGAAGAGCUGGAAGACGGUCUAGAGGAUGAUGUUUUCUCGUGGUUGAAAUGUGCUAAAGGUCAACCUCAUGAGCCACAGAACCUCAUGCCGACACAGAUAAUACCAGGAACAGCUCUUUAUAACAUAGGGGACAUGGUUCAUUCAGCAAGAGGCAAGUGGGGCAUUAAGGCCAAUUGUCCCUGUGCAAGUAGACAAACCAAGCCACUUGUGCGCCCCAUUGCACCCAAUGGCAUUUCACAGUCCACAACAAGCAGCAUGGCCGCUGCUGGUGCUGGUGGUGUGGCAGCUUUAUCUUCUGGUAUUGGCAUCACUCCAAAGUCGGAAGGAGAAACGUCAGUGGUAAAAACAGAAACCACACAGACAGUCAUGCCGUCGGAUAGUGGGGGUGGCGAAAGUGCGGGCAGCACCAGUAACUCCAACAGUACCGUACCCACCUCCUGCAGCAUCAACCAGUUCUCCGUCAAGGAAUCUCGCAUAUCGGGAGAAGGCAACAGCUCAGCUCUGCACUGGUUGGCAGACUUGGCCACACAGAAAGCCAAGGAUGACACCAAGGAAUCCAGUUCACUUCGGUCCAUUAUAGGUCGAGAUAGCAGGGCACCGUUUGGUCUGGACUCACUCAGCGCCCUAUCAAAGCCUUCAGGUUCCAGUCCCAAACUAUUUAACAGCCUGUUGUUGGGCUCCGGCAUGGGCCACUCCAAACCUGAAGGUUCCAGUUUGAGGGAUCUGCUCAACUCUGGACCCGGGAAGCUACCGCAGGGGCCUGGAGAGAGUGGCGUACCGUUCCCCUCUGUCUUUACCUCAGCAGGAAGUGACAAGGUGAAGAGCAGCCUCCCAAACUUCCUGGAUCACAUCAUUGCCUCCGUCGUUGAGACCAAGAAGGCAGAAGGUCGUCGCACUGGGACCUCUGAGGGCAGCGAGCUCUCUGUGUUAGGGGUCCGUAAAGACGGGGUAAUGGGCCUCAGCGUUUUAGAACCUCACACCUCACACUCCUGGCUCUGCGAUGGACGACUCCUCUGCUUACAAGAUCCCAGAAACACUAACAACUGGAAGAUCUUCAGGGAGUGCUGGAAGCAGGGACAGCCUGUGUUGGUGUCAGGAAUACACAGACGUCUAAAAGAAGAGCUGUGGAGACCUGACGCCUUUAGCAAGGAGUUUGGAGACCAGGACGUAGAUCUUGUCAACUGCAGGAACUGUGCUACCAUUUCUGACGUGAAGGUGCGGGACUUCUGGGAUGGCUUCCAGGUCAUCAAAAAACGACUGCAAGAUGCUGAUGGGCAGCCCAUGGUGUUGAAGUUGAAGGAUUGGCCUCCAUGUGAGGACUUCAGGGACAUGAUGCCCACACGGUUUGACGAUCUGAUGGAUAACCUGCCCUUACCUGAGUACACAAAAAGGGAUGGUCGUUUGAACCUCGCUGCCCGUUUACCCAAUUUUUUUGUUCGUCCUGAUCUUGGUCCCAAGAUGUACAAUGCUUACGGCUUAAUCUCCAGUGAAGACAGAAAGGUGGGAACCACUAACCUCCAUCUGGAUGUGUCUGAUGCAGUCAACGUCAUGGUUUAUGUUGGCAUCCCUGAAGGAAAUGAUAACCAUGAGCAAGAGGCAGAUUUCUCUGGAUACAAAGAGGUCAUGACCACAAUUGAAGAGGGUGAUGUGGAUGAAAUGACAAAGAGGAGAAUAUACGAGGCAAAGGAGAAACCUGGAGCAUUGUGGCAUAUUUACGCUGCCAAGGAUGCUGAGAAGAUCAGGGAGCUGCUACGCAAGGUGGGGGAGGAAAUGCGUCAGGAAAACCCUCCAGACCAUGACCCAAUUCACGACCAGAGCUGGUACCUGGACCAAGUGCUCCGCCACAGGCUGUAUGAGGAGUAUGGAGUCCAGGGCUGGUCUAUUGUACAGUUCUUAGGAGAUGCUGUUUUCAUCCCAGCUGGAGCACCACACCAGGUGCACAAUUUGUACAGUUGUAUCAAGGUGGCUGAGGAUUUCGUGUCGCCCGAGCAUGUGAGGCACUGUUUCAGACUGACGCAGGAGUUCAGACACCUGUCGACCACUCACACGAACCACGAAGACAAGCUACAGGUGAAGAACAUCAUUUAUCACGCAGUAAAGGACGCCAUUGGAACGCUCAAGGCCCACGAACCUAAAAUGGCCCGUCCCUAGGACUUUUACCUAAAACCCGAGACAA